AUGGGUGUUCUUAAUGAUCCGAUCUAUCGACCACUAUCAUUAACAUUUAUCGAAUAUCAAGAAGGUGACAAACUCGGUUUUCUUCUGGCAUGGUUUUCAAUGUUACCGUUUAUUUAUAUUGUUUCCUUAUGCACAUUAAUUCUUUUCCGACGUGAUAUACAAACGAUUAUGUAUUUCGGUGGUUUCUGUAUCUCGGAAGUGUGCAAUUCUUGUCUGAAAAGAAUUUUCAAACAAGCACGACCAGAACGAACUCGAGACCGGAUGGGUCUCUAUGAAGUUCAUGGGAUGCCAAGUGAUCAUGCUCAAACGUUCUUCUACUUUAUGACCUAUCUAGCUAUAUUUAUCAUUCUCAAGUCUCAAAUGCCAGGUACUCCGCGUAUACGUUCCAUGCGCAACCGUUUUCUUGUUGCUGGCCAACUCAUCGUAGCAACAACUGUUGCCUAUAGCCGAGUGUAUCUACAUUACCACACCGUAGCACAAGUUGUUGCUGGCGCAUUUGUUGGCAUUGCAUUAGGUUCUACAUGGUACUAUUUCGUGAACUAUUAUUUUAUGCAGUAUGCACCAAUGAUCACCGAAUUGCCGAUAGCGAAAUAUUUCCUCAUUCGUGAUUAUACUGCCAUACCACGACUAAUUCAUUUUCAAUAUGAAAGUGAAUAUGCAGAAGCAAAACGUUGGCGAGACCGGCGAUCUGCGUAUCCAAAAGAACAAACGUCUGCGUCACAAUAG